AUGGCUUCGAACGACAAGCUCCCGUACAAGGUCGCCGACAUCUCCCUUGCUGCCUGGGGCCGCAAGGAGAUCGAGAUGGCUGAGAACGAGAUGCCCGGCCUCAUGGCGCUCCGUGAGAAGUACGGCGCUGACAAGCCGCUCGCUGGCUCGCGCAUUGCUGGCUGCCUGCACAUGACCAUCCAGACUGCCGUCCUCAUCGAGACGCUGACUGCCCUCGGUGCCGAGGUCCAGUGGUCGUCGUGCAACAUCUACUCGACCCAGGACCAGGCCGCUGCUGCCAUUGCCGAGACCGGCGUCCCGGUGUACGCGUGGAAGGGCGAGACCGAGGAGGAGUACGUGUGGUGCAUCGAGCAGACCCUGUUCUUCGCCGACGGCCAGCCGCUCAACAUGAUCCUCGACGACGGUGGUGACCUCACCAACAUUGUCCACGAGAAGUACCCGCAGCUGCUUGAGGGCAUCCGCGGCCUCUCGGAGGAGACCACCACGGGCGUCCACAACCUCGAGAAGAUGCUCAAGGCUGGCAAGCUUAAGGUUCCGGCCUUCAACGUCAACGACUCGGUCACCAAGUCCAAGUUCGACAACCUCUACGGCUGCCGCGAGUCGCUCAUUGACGGCAUCAAGCGCGCCACCGAUGUUAUGGUGUCGGGCAAGGUUGGCGUCGUCGCCGGCUACGGUGACGUCGGCAAGGGCUGCGCCGCCGCCCUCAAGGUCAACGGUGCUCGCGUCAUCGUUGUCGAGAUCGACCCCAUCUGCGCCCUGCAGGCGAUGAUGGAGGGCUUCGAGGUCGCCACCAUGGACGACGCCGUCGAGGAGGGCCACAUCUUUGUGACCGCCACCGGCUGCCGCGACGUCAUCACCGGCGAGCACUUUGAGCGCAUGCGCGAGGACGCCAUUGUUUGCAACAUCGGCCACUUUGACCUCGAGAUCGACGUCGCCUACGUCAAGAAGGAGGCUGUCUCGCACGUCAACAUCAAGCCGCAGGUCGACCGCUACCUCCUCAAGUCGGGCAAGCACGUCAUCAUCCUUGCCGACGGCCGCCUUGUCAACCUCGGCUGCGGCACUGGCCACCCGUCCUUUGUCAUGUCCUGCUCGUUCUCGAACCAGGUCCUCGCCCAGAUCGAGCUCUGGUCGAACCCCGGCAAGUACGAGGUCGGCGUCUUCCUCAUCCCCAAGAUCCUCGACGAGGAGGUUGCCCGCGUUCACGUUGAGGCUCUCGGCGGCAAGCUGGCUGUCCUCUCGGAUGCCCAGUACGACAACCGGCGGACGGCACUCCCGUGGGCGACAGCAGACGGAUCAGCCAUCAGCCCUCGUGAGGCGAACAUUCCGCUCAUCAAUGACUACGAUCUGUACUACACUGGCAAGAUCCAGGUGGCCGGGCGGAGCUUCGAGGUCAUCUUUGAUACCGGCUCGUCCAACAUGUGGCUGAUGUCGGCGGCGUGCCCGGACUGCCGCGAUCCCGACGUGCCGUCGGUCUACUAUCCGGUGGGCGGCGGGAAGCCUGCGCCAAUACAUCCGUCUCCGGGCUAUGCUGAUGCUACUCUGGUCAUCGACUACGGCUCGGGCUCGGUCGUUGGCGCUGUGGUCUACGACGACGUUACUCUUGGGGUUCGGUGA